UGCCCGGCCCCGCCCGCGCCCUCCGCGCCGCACCUGAGCGCGCAGCGGCGUCCCCAUCCCCAUCCUCAUCCCCAUCCUCAUCUUCAUCCCCAUCCCCAUCCUCAUCCUCCCCCCCCCCCCCCUCCCAUGGCGCUGCCGCUGCUGCUGUGCCUGGCGGCGCUGGGAGCCGGCUGCCGGGCAGGGUCCCCCCCCGGCGGCGCCCCCGGCCCCUCCGGCGAGCCGCCGCUGCUGCAGGACGAGGCGGACAACCAGGAGAACAUCCUCUCGCAGCUGCUAGGUGACUACGACAAGGUGAAGGCGGUGUCCGAGGGCUCCGACUGCCGCUGCAAGUGCCUGGUCAGGCCCCUGGGCCGCGGCGCCUGCCAGCGGAUUAACGAGGGCGCCUUCAGAGCCGAGGACUUCUACACGGUGGAAACCAUCACGUCGGGACCCAGCUGCAAGUGUGCGUGCGUGGCCCCCCCGUCCGCCCUCAACCCCUGCGAGGGGGACUUCAGGCUGAAGAAGCUGCGGGAGGCGGAGAGCAGUGACCUGAAGCUGUCCUCCAUCGUCGAGAUGCUGGAAAGUGCCUUCUACGGCUUGGACCUGCUGAAGCUGCACUCGGUCACCACGAAGCUGGUGGGCCGCGUGGAGAGGCUGGAGGAGGGCAUGUCCAGGAACUUCACGCGGGACGGCCGUGGGGAGGGAGCCGCCGUGGAGGAGCCUCUGCAGGAGCCCCAGCGCCGGGAGAACUGCUCCAGCCUCAUCUCCAACAGCCUCGCCGACAUCGAGGGCUCGCUGCAGAGGGAUGCGGAGGCUGCCUACGUGCACACCGAGGGCAAGUACGAGGAAAGGUUCCUGAAGGAUGAGACCAUCUCCCAGCAGAUCAACUCCGUCGAGUCCCUCCCGGAGCUGCACCUUGCUCCGGAGGAGGAGAAGCCCAAGCAGCUCCUGCAGAGGAAGCUGCGCCUGCGGGGCCGGCCCCCUUCCAAGCCCACCAUCGUGCGAGGGGUCACCUACUACAAGGCGCAGUCCAGCGAGUCGGAGAACGACAUCGAGGAGCAGCGUGAGUCGGAGGACGAGCUGUUCAGCGGGGACAACACGGUGGAUUUGCUGAUCGAAGACCAGCUCCUGCGGCCCAGCGGGCGGGCGGGCGAGGGCGUGCGGAAGCCCUCCCCGGUGGGGUGGCCACCCACCCCCAGCAGCGACCCCACCACCACCGCGCCGACCACCGUGCCCCUGUCCCCUGCCGCCUCCGUGGGGCCGACGCCAGACCCCACCACCGUGAGCCAGCCGCCCCCCACCCCGGGGACCACGAGCUCCCCAUCGGAGCUGCCCGAGGAGGGGACCCCGCAGCUGCCAACAGCAUGGACCAGCGUGGUGGCAUCUACGGCCACCGAGAGCCUGCCCACUGCCACCAGCCACGUCCCCAGCCCUGCUGCGGCCACCACCGCCCAGAGCCCGUGGGACAUGGGCACGAGCCCUGAGCCUGGCACGGGGAGCAGCCCAGGACCCCCGGAGCAGGCGAGCACCCCCGCGACGCCGGUCAGCCCCACGAUCCCCGCCACCCCGAAGCAGGCGCUGGAGGAGGAGGACAUCAGGAACAUCAUCGGGCGCUGCAAGGACACGCUGUCCACCAUCUCGGGGCCCACCACGCAGAACACCUACGGGCGCAACGAGGGGGCCUGGAUGAAGGACCCGCUGGCCAGGGAGGAGCGGAUCUACGUCACCAACUACUACUACGGGAACACGCUGGUGGAGUUCAGGAACCUCGACAACUUCAAGCAAGGGCGCUGGAGCAACUCCUACAAGCUCCCCUACAGCUGGAUCGGGACGGGGCACGUCGUCUACAACGGGUCCUUCUACUACAACCGGGCCUUCACCCGCAACAUCAUCAAAUACGACCUGAAGCAGCGCUACGUGGCCGCCUGGGCCAUGCUGCACGACGUGGCCUACGAGGAGUCCACGCCGUGGCGGUGGCGGGGCCACUCGGACGUGGACUUCGCCGUGGACGAGAACGGCCUGUGGGUCAUUUACCCGGCCAUCAGCUACGAGGGCUUCAACCAGGAGGUGAUCGUGCUGAGCAAGCUGAACGCCGCCGACCUCAGCACGCAGAAGGAGACCACGUGGCGGACGGGGCUGCGGAAGAACUUCUACGGGAACUGCUUCGUCAUCUGCGGCGUCCUGUACGCCGUCGACAGCUACAACAAGAGGAACGCCAACAUCUCCUACGCCUUCGACACGCACACCAACACGCAGAUCAUCCCCCGGCUGCUCUUCGAGAACGAGUACGCCUACACCACGCAGAUAGACUAUAACCCCAAGGACCGCCUGCUCUACGCCUGGGACAAUGGCCACCAGGUCACCUACCACGUCAUCUUUGCCUACUGAGCCCCCCGCCACGGCGGGGCACUGCAAGCGAGGGGCCACCAGCACCUUUUGUUAUUAUUAUUAUUUUUAUUAUUAUUAUUAUUUUGUACAAAUCAAAGAGUAAAUGAUUUUUUGUCGUUUC